ACCUCAAUUUGUACUCAGACAUAUAUCUGUACGUAUCUACCUUAUUCUUGUCGAUUUUCACUGGGCAAUAGGCAUGAACUCGCACCGUCAACUCGUCCAGUACAGUGACCUAGAACAAUCCCAAACCAAUGGCGCCAGCAGCUCAGCAGCAGCUUCUCAUUCUCGUCAAUCGCCUCCAUCCAAAAAACGCAAGAGGUCAAACCAAAAAGCCAAACGCCCCAGAAAAACUGCUCACUGGGAUGAACCAGGAGACAAUCAGAUGAACUACGACGACGCCAGUGCCCAUGAUGAGGAUGGUGAAAUUGAAGAGGAGGAAAGUCGGGAGCUCACACACGAAGAAAUAUGGGACGACUCUGCGCUCAUCGACGCUUGGAACUCUGCCACAGCAGAAUAUGAGGUGUUCCACGGGAAAACGCAAGACUGGAAGUCGACCACUGUCAAGAAAUCCUCCCUAUGGUAUAACAUCCCCUAUAAUAGUUCGAAGGAGAAGGCCAAGACAACUAAUUCAACAAAAGUAGCGUCUGCAGAGGCCGCCAGUCAGGCUGCCGUAGCUGAAGAGGAGGACUCUGCCCCGCUUGAUUUCAACACAUUCGUCCCAUCGUAUGAUCCAUCGCUGCCAGUACCAUCUGAGGCUCCAACGGCACCCGAGCCCUCGUUUUUCAUACCUGCACCUUCAACCACUAUGGUAAGCCGCGACGAAGCUUUCAGCCGUGCGCUAAGUGCGAUGUAUUGGGGUGGAUACUGGACCGCAGUAUACCAUUGCCAAAAUCAGCAUGCCUCUCAGGAAGCUGUCGAGGAGCAAGAUCAUCAGGAAUACGAAGAAGAUGAAGAAGAAGCUCUUGAGGAUGAUGCUGAAGAUUUGGUACCUACUCAGCGGUAAUUGUCAAAAGUCAUUGGAAAGGUGCGGACCCCUGGCGAGCUAUGAAACUAAAGGUGAGGAUCCGAAGUUACGGGAUCAUUCACUGCUCAUCCGUGUGCUACCCGAGGCUGUGGCAUAUUAAUGAGAUCAAUGAGCAAUUUAACAACAUCAUCGGAAUGAGUGCGUGCGAUAGCGUGUUCGAAAGAUGAUGAGAUAAAAAAGUGCAGUACUUUAGGAAUAUAUGAGAAAAUGCACCUGAAAGGCCUCGACGUGGUCGCAUCGUCAUUACAUGAAUGAUCUUCAGCCCAUCGACACCCAGGCUAAAGUUGAGCGUGCGAUGAGAUGCGCAGGCAUGAGCAGUCU